AUGGAGCUAACUAUUAAUACCAAUGGUGAAUGUCAAAUAGAUGAUGAAUCUGCAAACAAGCAUCUCGGAUCUGGUCUUAAGUUAUCACAAUGGCAAGUUCUCUUCAAACUGAUGUCAAAUAGAUAUGACUUUUGUGUGGCAGCUCUCGAAGAAGAUCCCAAAAGCCACAGUGCAGAUCUCCAAGGAUUAGGGUUCAUCUCACUGGAGAUGACCAAAACCAAUGCCACCAAAAUUGGUUCACGCAUUGAUGAGCUCUUGGAUGAUCAAAAAUUGGGUUCAGAUGUGAAGGAAAGGCUAAAGGAUUGUAAUGAGAUUUACUCUGAUGCAAUUUCUCAUUUAAAAGAUGCAACUGAUGCCCUCAAAUCAAAGGAUUACAAGAAAGCUAAUAUUGAAGUGAGUUUGAUGAUGGAUGCAUCUUCUAGUUGUGAAAAUGGGUUUAAAGAGAAGUCUGGUUUCCAAUCACCUUUGUCUGAGGAAAAUGAUUUCUUCCAAUUGACUGCAAUUGCACUCUCUGUUACCAAUUUAGCCUAA